UCCCCGCGUGUAGGUCCGCGGGGAGGGGCUGUCUACCGACAGGCCCACCCCCGGGCAUUCCUGAAGGGCACCCUCGGCCGCCCCCCGUACCCCCCAGAUGUACUAUGCGAUUUCCCAAGCGCGCGUGAACGCGGCCCCCGGGACCAUGCUGCGGCCACAGCGACCCGGAGACUUGCAGCUCGGGACUUCCCUCUAUGAGCUUGUGGGCUACCGGCAGGCGCCCUCCUCUUCCUCUUCCUCCUCCUCUUCCACUUCCUCCUCCUCCACGACGGCCCCCCUCCUCCCCAAGUCUGCGCGCGAGAAGCUGGAGGCCCCGGUCGAGCCGCCGAGCACCGGGCCGGGGUCGGGCGCGCCCGCGGGCGGCAGCUCCCGGGCGGACGCCAAGGAGGAGCAGCAGCAGCAGCUGCGUCGCAAGAUCAACAGCCGCGAGCGGAAGCGCAUGCAGGAUCUGAACCUGGCCAUGGACGCGCUGCGCGAGGUCAUCCUGCCCUACUCAGCUGCUCACUGCCAAGGCGCGCCGGGCCGCAAGCUCUCCAAGAUCGCCACGCUUCUGCUCGCCCGCAACUACAUCCUGCUGCUGGGCAGCUCGCUGCAGGAGCUGCGCCGCGCGCUAGGCGAGGGCGCCGGGCCGGCCGCGCCGCGCCUGCUCCUCGCCGGCCUGCCCCUGCUUGCCGCCGCGCCCGGCUCCGUGCUGCUGGCGCCUGGUGCCGUGGGACCCCCAGACGCGCUGCGCCCGGCCAAGUACCUGUCGCUGGCGCUGGACGAGCCGCCAUGUGGCCAGUUCGCUCUUCCUGGCGGCGGCGCGGGCGGUCCUGGCCUCUGUACCUGCGCGGUGUGCAAAUUCCCACACCUGGUCCCCGCCGGUCUGGGCCUGGCCGCCGUGCAGGCGCAGUUCUCCAAGUGAGGUCCGGCCCGGGCCGGGGCGCGACCUUGGCCAGCGCCCUGCGUCCAGGAAGAGCGGGACCGAGAAAGGAGGGCAUUGGGAACCUUCUGGUCCAGAGGAAGGGACUGUCGGACGUCCUCUUCCCUGCCCCCACUCCCGGAAAGUUAAAGUGAUCCGAACCGAUGUUCGUUGCGGUGUGGUGUGGGUCUGUGUAGGGUUCUGCGUCGAUGAUAGCUGUUUUGAGCAGAAAGUGAGCGACCCUUUUAACUGGUGCAUCUCUCUCCCUGUCCCUGUAGUCCGGCGCUUUGUAGAGCUGGUGUGAAUUUUAGGGCGCCUUGCAGUGAGUGGGUUUGGCUCACCCUAGGUGAGGAGACCAGCCUGGAGCGCGACCUUCUGAGACCACAGCACGUCCACUCCCAGGCCGAGGGCUGCGCUGGAAUGGCGCUGGGGGCAGCGGGGCGGUUCCUUCCCU